AAAUUUUUUAGUAUUAGAUUUAUAAGAAAAAAAUGCUGUACCAUAAAUUUGAUGACGUGGCUUAAAUAAUGACAACAACUAGAAUAUAAAACUAAAUAAAAUUUAAAUUUAAAACAAAAAUAUAAUUUAAAUAUAUUGAAAAAUAUUGAUGGCCGCUAAAUCUGGAUUAGAAAAAUUGUCAUACCUGAGGAAACUUAUGAUGAACAUUCCUGAGAAUGAUAAUAAGCAAAUUCAAGCAUAUAUAGUUACUUCGGAUGAUGCACAUCAAUCUGAAUAUAUUCGAGAAAGAGAUAAAAGACGACAGUAUAUAUCAGGCUUCAAAGGUUCAUUAGGUACAGCUGUUAUAACUUGUGACAGUGCCUUACUUUGGACUGAUGGUAGAUACUUUACUCAGGCUUCUACAGAAUUGAAUCCUCCUAAUACGUGGACACUUAUGAAAGAAGGAUUUACUGGCACACCAUCAUUAGAUGAUUGGCUUAUUUCUAACUUACUUCCGAAAUCCGUAGUAGGUGCUGAUCCUAAUCUACUUAGUAAUACAAAUUGGACUUUGUUACAAAGUAGAUUAAAAACUGCUGGGCAUAGUUUACUACCUAUUGAAAAAAAUUUAAUUGAUGAAAUUUGGGACAUUAAUCGACCAAGCGAAAUAUUAAAUAAAAUAGUUCCACAUAAAUUUGUUUAUUCUGGUAAAAUAUCUGGAGAUAAAGUUAAGGAGUGUUUUCAAGCAAUGGAAAAAAAUAAAGUUACAAUUCUUGUAGUAUCAGCUUUAGAUGAAAUAGCUUAUUUACUUAAUUGGAGAGGUUCGGAUAUUCCAUAUAAUCCAGUAUUUUUAGCGUAUAUUAUUUUAUGUUCGAACCAAGUUCACAUAUUUUUAAAUGAAGAUAGAUUAACUUUAGAUGCAAGACAGCAAUUAAUUCGAGAGAACGUCAAUUUUAUAUUACAUCCCUAUGACGAUGUAAUACCAUAUUUAAAGCAACUUUGCUCAUUAGACAAUAGUAAAGUUUGGAUAUCAGGUAACUCCAGCUACGCUUUGCAUCGUGUUUGUAAUUCGGUAACAACACAUAUAGCUGUAACGCCAAUAAGUUUGAUGAAAUUAGUAAAGAAUGAUACAGAAAUCUUUGGUAUGAAAUCAGCACAUGUUAAAGAUGCUAUUGCUCUUGUAAAAUAUUUUGCGUGGUUAGAAAAUAAGAUUGUUAAGGAAUCAAAUAGUGACUCAAUCGUAACUGAACUCUCAGGUGCAGAUCAGCUAGAAAAAUUUCGAAAAGAACAGUUGAAAUAUGUAGGACCCAGUUUCCAAACUAUAUCAGCUGUCGGAAAACAUGCUGCAAUAGUGCAUUAUCAAUCUUCGCCAGAUACUGAUGUUCCUAUAAAUAAUCAAGAAUUUUAUUUAUGUGAUGCUGGAGCUCAUUAUCUUGAUGGAACAACUGAUGUUACAAGAACAUUUCAUUUUGGACAACCUUCGGAAUUUGAAAAAGAAUGUUUUACUCGUGUGUUUAAAGGACAAUGUAAUCUUGCAAUGUCGAAAUUUCCCUCAAUGAUCAAAGGAAACUAUUUGGAUACAUUAGCCCGAAAAUAUUUAUGGGAUGUUGGUCUGGACUACCUUCAUGGAACUGGACAUGGUGUUGGAGCCUAUUUGAAUGUACACGAAUUUCCUACUAUGAUAUCGUGGAGAGUAUACCCAGAUGAUCCCGGCUUACAAUCUGGAAUGUUUUUAUCAAAUGAACCUGGUUAUUACGAAGAAGGGAAUUUUGGUAUACGCCUAGAAAAUAUAGAAAUGAUUAUUAAAUCAGAUACUAAAUAUAGUCGAUUAAAUCGAGAGUUUCUCACAUUUGAUACAGUAACACUGGUUCCUAUUCAAACACGAUUAUUGAAAAUAUCAAUGCUAACAGAUCAUGAAAUUAAAUUCUUGAAUAACUACCACAAAAGAUGUUAUAAUGUCUUACAUUCUCAUCUACAUGGACCUGAAAAUAUUCAAGCCUUACACUGGCUUCUAAAAGCAACAAAAUCUAUUACAAAAUGAAUACAUUAUUUGUAUUUAAGCA